ACUGAAGAUUCUCGAAGCCCAGCCUAGUCUCUUAAACCCAAUUUUCGACCUUACCCAAAUCCCAUCGUCACAAAAUUAAUCUCGUACGCCCAAAAAAAGAUCAUAGUGCUAAGUGCACCAUCUUCAUCUUCAUCUUCAUCUUCAUCUUCAUCUUCAUCUUCAUCUUCUUUUCCCUGCAUAACUUACACAUGUCCAAGAAAAGUGGAGUUGGGCUUCAAAAGGAUGCGCCAUGGAGGGCUUCUCAGGUGAAACCCAUUCCCAAAAUACACCUUUCCCCUCUUCUUCGCGUUCCUCAUACACCCUUCUCCAAUUACGCCAUCUCCAUUAUGAAGGAUGAAAAUCCAGUAGGAAAUGGAUUAGCAGUGGAUGCUGUAUUGGAGGCAGCAGGACCAGAUUGCAUUGUUCCGGGUCAGGUUACACCUGUCAAAUUACUUGGUUUGAAGGUGUGGCCUAUAGAAGUGGACUUGAAGUUCAUGGAGCCAGUUGGGCGGGAACUCAAGAAUAUUGGGAAGUUCAUGGAUUCAGCUGUUGAUUUGAUGAACAAGUCAUUCAUUGAUCGUUAAUAUGCGUUGAGAUGAGAAUUUUUUUGAUGAGAUCCACGUCUUAUUGGCUUAUCUUUGGUGCAUGCUACUGCAUAUAUCAAGCUGAUGGGCUGUGGUACGGAGCUGAAGAUAAGUUGUGAGGUAUACUUGGAGAGGCUUAUGUUUCAUAGUUUAGUAAUUGUUAAUUUGUGUCACCUGUCAUAGAAUUUUCUUACUGUUCUGUGACGUGAAUGUAGUUUGCUACUAUAUGAUUUAUGAUGGUGAUAUUGUGUUGUUUA